AUGAAGGAUGCGAGCAGCAGGGUUUCGAAAGGAUUCAGCACGAUUGACCACAUUCACACUGUUUCGAAACUCAUCGAGGUUCACGAGAGUACAAGAUGCCGCUCUGUCUCACCUUCUCGACUUAAGAAGGCUUUCGACUCGGCUGAGACGGAAGCGGUCGUGGAGCCUUGGACACCAGGCGUCCCUACUCAGUAUAUUAAGGUUCCUGAGAUUCAAGCUACUGCAACACUAGUCUUGAAGGACAAGGAAAUCGAAACCAUACUUCGAGCAAUGGCAGAACUGUUGGAAGGGAGAGGGGAGAGAGAGCUUGCGUCAAGCAGAGAAAAGGCAAAUUUGAGACGGUCGCCAGGGGACGACCUUUCGAUGGCGACCGCAAAUAUGAUCUGUAACUGUGUUAUGCCACGACAAGAAUGGCGUUACAAUGUGGCCAUGGGUAGGAAUUUUCAAAGAGUAAUGGGCAAAAAGUUUGGAUAUGACAUGGGCUUAGAAGAUCGCAUACUGCUAAGAUCUCUUGGGCAGCGACAGCGUCAUUUGGACCAGAAGAAGGUCACCCAGUUAUCGACCAUCUUGGGAAUGAAAAUCAACGAGGUUGCAUCAGCCAACGAGGAAGUAGCGCGACUUGCAGUUCAGUUCACCAAGGUGAAAGUCAACUGUUCAUUUACUGACGUCAGAGUUUGGUGGCUGUGCACUGGCGUAAAUGACGAAGAAAUAGAAAAUACCCUUAAUAGUCAACGCUAUAAUUUGAGGAAAGUGUUGUCGGACUCUAUUGGUGUGAACUGCCCCGAAUUGAUGUUUGUGCCUGAUCGUUCAGAGCUAAUGCUGGAGGAAAUGGAUAGGUUGUUCCGAAUAGCUGAUUAUGGUAUGGAUUAUCGAGCAGUGAGCCACACAGGAAGAAUCCUUGGUAACGCUGAAACUUCGAAGCCUGGAAAAUGGAAACCUAUACCUCGCAAAAAAUCGGAUGCUGAGAUUGAAAAAGACAAAAUGACUAUAUCGACAAUCGGGUCAAAACGACAUGAAGCAAGGUGCAAUUAUUUAUUUGGCUGCGCUCGAAGCAGCAUGGUGGAGAUGACGCUUGCAAACGACAUGGGACCAUCUCGAACUGCGGCCGAUGGAUGGUGA